CCGCCAGCCCCAUGAGGGCAAUGAGGGCUGCUCAGCGGGCUCAGUGCCCUUUAGGGCGGCAGCGGGGCAUGACGGCAAUCCCCGCUGAGCCGGGAGCUCUCCGCUCCUCUCGCGGCCGGCGGGACCGCAGCCGCUCCGCAGCCCGGCCCUUCCCGUUGGCUCGGCCGUCCAGGAGGCAGUUUCGCUUUCGUUUCCUCGCCCAAGAGGCGAGGGAGUGGCGGAGGCGGAGUCGCUUUCGGGCCCGGCCCGCCGGGAGCGGCUCUGCCGGGGGAAAGCAGCCGGGGCCGGCCAUGGUGUUGCCCACCCAGGUGCUGCGGGUGCUGUGCGCCGGCGGCGGCAGCCUGGAGUUGGAGGAGCUGCUGCGGCGGCUGCCGGGCCGGCCCACGGCGGAGCAGCUGGCGGCGGUGCUGCGGGACCCGCAGCGCUUCACGCUCGUUCGGACGCCCGACGAGGCGGAGGCGGGGGGGGCGGCGGCGGCGGCGGCGGCGGCAGCGGAAGAAACGGUGCUGGUGGUGGCCACCAGCUCGCUGCGGCUGUGCCUGGAGCACGGCGCGGGCUGCCGAGGGGGCUGCGGGCGGCUGCACCUCUGCAAGUACCACCUGAAAGGCGUCUGCCGCAACCAGCAGGCCAGGAAGGAAUGCAAGUUUGUUCACGACUUCUACUCUCCCCACAACCACUCUGUGCUCAGACAGCACGGACUCGACAGCACUUUUAGCAACGAUGAACUCCGCCAGCUUCUGCUCCAAAAUGACCCUACCCUCCUGCCAGAGGUCUGCUUGCAUUACAACAAAGGUGAUGGACCUUAUGGAUCUUGUACCUUUAAAAAGAUGUGCACCAAACUGCAUGUUUGCCAGUACUUCUUGCGGGGACAGUGCCGAUUUGGCAGCAGCUGCAAGCGGUCCCAUGACUUCUCAAAGCCUGAAUGCUGUGAGAAACUGGAGAGACAGGGAAUGAGUUCAGAUAUCAUCCAGAAACUGCCGUCCAUUUACAGAAAUAUGUAUGCCAUACAAAAUAGCAAGGGAAGCAAGCAUGACACAGAAGAUAACAAGUCUUUGCCGUGCAAAGAGAGAAAACACAGCUCUAGCCAGGAGUCCACAUCUACCAGUAAUGAAGUGGAACAGAUCUGUUUGUAUAAUCUGUACACAAGUUGUAUCUUUGAAGAUAAGUGUAUCAGAACUCAUUUUCACUUGCCGUAUAGAUGGCAGAUCUCUGAUGGCACUACCUGGAAGGACUUGGAGAGUAUGGAAGAAAUAGAAAAAGAAUAUUGUGACCCCAAUAACAUCAGAUCUUCUAAACCUAUUUCUGAAAGUGGCUUUAUCUUCCCAUACAUCUCUUUUGUGGAUAUGCAGUCUGGGUUUAAAAAGGUCAGACGUCUUUCCACAGCCUCCUCUGUGACCAAACCACCCCACUUCAUUCUUACAACAGAAUGGAUCUGGUACUGGAAAGAUGAACAUGGCGUGUGGCGGGAGUAUGGAAAAAAAGAUAGUGAUCGAGCAGCUGCCACUGUAAGCAGUGAUGACCUGGAGAAAGCUUACACUGUGGGAAAUUCUGCAAAGCUGAACUUCAAGGCAGGAGUGCAUGAAUAUGAACUGGAUUUUGGGGCCAUGACUCAGAAAAAUCUACGCUAUAAAACAGAGAGAAAGGUGUGCAGAAGACCUAAAUUUGUGUCUCAGUCAGAGGUCGAAAGGAUAAGAAAAAGGGGCUUUAAGAACACAGAAGAACUUAGGAGGAUUCCAUCUCACUGGGACAAAUCUGCUCUGCCUGAGCUGGGAUUCAAGCUGAUUGAGCUUGACAGUUCUUCUGAAGAAUACAACAAAGUCAAGGGGGACUUUCAACGUACAAUGCCAAAAACACACAUUAAAAGGAUUUGUAGAAUUCAGAACCCAUCACUCUGGGAACUGUAUCAAUGGCAGAAGGAACAAAUGCAGAAGAGCAAUGGUGGAAAGACAGAUGAACGUUUCUUAUUUCACGGAACCAGUAAAAAACACAUUGAUGCCAUCUGUCAUCAAAACUUUGACUGGCGGAUCUGUGGCCUUAAUGGGACAGUCUAUGGCAAAGGAAGCUAUUUUGCAAGGGAUGCAUCGUAUUCUGAUGCCUACUGCAGGGAAGGUUCAUGCAGCAAGACCAUGUUUCAGGCACGAGUGUUGGUGGGAGAGUUCACUGUUGGUAGGUCGAGUUAUGUUCGCCCUCCCCUGAAGGAUAACCAGAACUUCUACGACAGCUGUGUGAAUAGCUCUUCAAACCCUUCUAUCUUUGUCAUCUUUGAGAAGCAGCAGGUUUAUCCAGAGUAUCUAAUAGAAUACUUGGACCAGGCAUGUGCAAGAAUGCUGUAGCAGCAAAACAGGUCAUCAUUACCUGUAGCUCAAAUAAACAUUAUAUUUGUCUUGACGUAACUGAGGAAAGUGAUUUUUAGAAGUUGUAUAGUUUGGGUAGAUGAGCAUUCAGUUAUUCUAUCCUUUCUGUGCUAUGGAAGUCAAGGAGUAAAAAGACAAAAAGGAUAUUUUAGAAUUAAAAUCCUCUGUCUGUCUCCUAUUGUUUUAGCAGGUGUCAGCUUUUCCUGUUCUACAGUGUUCUGAGGCUUCUGUGUAUUUACUAGAUGGAUUCACUGAUGGCUGUAACAUGAACAUUGGCUGUAACUGCCAAGUUUAAAUAAUAUUCAGUUACAGUUGCUUCAGGAUAGAUCCUUACCAGUGUUCACUGUUCAGAGGCUGCCCCCUGCUACCUUUUUAUCUUUCGACUCAGAAUUUGAUAAAGCCUCCUUUUUUAAUAGUCUUCUACAAUGGUAGACAUUGAAGUGUUUGCAGAUGAGACUGUACAAUCUGUCUCUUGUACUCAACUCAUUGCCUAAAUUAUUAGCAGCACUGUUUUUCUGUCCCUACUUAAUCUUCACUAACAGAGCUGCAAAAAUUAAACCUUUAUUGAGAAGGAACAGGGACUUAAUCUCCUGAUUUUCUCAUUUAAAACAAGUAACAAAAUUAUGGACCAGAACAAGGAUUGCUUUGAGGUGUGGUACUUAAGCUGUUGACUUUUUUUACCAAUAACUACUGUACUUCGUUUGUGAGAGCAGAAUUUUUUAAUGACUUUAGCUGUGCCUACAAGUGAGAGAGUGCUGGCAUACAGAGUGAGGAGAUGAGAAAGUGACUCACGCCUCAUUCUAGAAUAUUAUGCUUAGGAUUGAAAUGCAAUGCUUGCACUGUCUAUUUAACAGUACAUUCUUUCUUUGAAUUAUCCUUAUGAUUCUGUUAUAACUUGUGGAAGAAUGAGUAUCUCUUGCUUGCAUUAGAUGUAUUUAGUUGCAGGGGACAUACUAGUUACCUAUGUAACCAAGGUGUCUGGACUUUCUUGCUGGAGAAAAGCAUUGAACUGUGAGUAGUCUUCAGGCACAGAGCUGAAACUGUUAAAAAUCUCAAGACUAAGAUGAAUCUUCAACUGCUCUCAGCAAAAGAUGUUAUAUGUUAUUAGCGCUGAGCAGUCAGUACGUGCACAUAAACAAGAAUCUUGAACUAUUGGGCAUUUCUUAGGAUGAAAGCUGCUGAUGCACAGAUACUUGGCAUCCUGCAUUUAUCGCUACUUCUAAAAAAGUACGUGCUAGCUACAGAUUAUAAAAACUUCAAGACAUGUUUGUUUAUGACAGACCUUAUCUCUACCUCUACUCUAGAAGCACUUCUUUCCAGUUCACCUGAAUCCUGAUUGACAGGAGGAUGUUGGGCUACUUUGUACUACCUGCACUGUGAGCUAGGAGCUGAGCCAUGGUUAGCCAGAACAAGGCUGUGCAGACGCUCUUUUUGUAUGAACUGUAAAGCGAGCAGAGCAAUACCUAAAUGAAAAUACCCCCAGUCAUAUGUUUAAAUCCAGGAAGUGGAAAAGCACAUUGGCUAUAUUCUUCCUCUUGAAAGACUGUAGUAAAACAUAUAUGAUAAAUCUUAUCUCAGCAAGUAAUACAUUCAUUAAGGGCAACGUGAUGCAUGAAAGCUUGAACUACUUGUGCAAAGUAAGACUUCUACCAAAACGUGUUAUCUGUAUGUUCAUGGCAAAUAAGAAGGCUGAUGGUGUGCCUUCCUUGCUCUGAACAUAAGCAGCUAUGAUCUGACAUAGCUAAAGCCCUUGUUCCGUGCUUGAUUCAACUGAAAAACUGUGUUACCCUUUCGCCAGGAAACAUGCAAAAAGUUGAGAUUUUUUAAUAACAAUUUUGGUGGUUAAUUCAGAUACAAAUGAUAUUUUUAGAACUUUUAUUCACACAUGUGUGGCUGGGUUUGUUACUUCUCUAGCUGUUAUUUCUCUGGUAACAUCCAAGAGAGAUAAAUUACCACUCUCUGAAAUUCAGUGGAAAGUUUCCCAUGUAUCAUCAAUUAAAAGGUACUUGACUGCUGAA